AUGAAACAGAAUGAAACAUUUCUUGGUGAGAAAUCAUGGAAAAUUUUAAUAGUUUGUUCAAAUGUUUUAAUAUUUUGGAGAUAGAUGAUGAGUUAGCAAAGAAUCUACUAUGGACAUUUAGAAAAACCCGGAGAAAUAAACCAAGCAAAAGCAAACAAAAGAAAUCGGACUUUGAGACGAAAUUCCGAUGGCCGAAGGGGAAGCAGCAGAGCAGAACAAUAUGAGAGUAAUAGCAACGAGCAGACCAAUAUGAGAGUAAUAGCAACGAGCAAAACUCUUAAAAUAGAGCCGUUCAAGAUUCCAGACAAUCAUUUAAAAGUCGGCAGAGCAUGGGAAGAAUGGAUUGACGAUUUCGAAGAUGAAAUAACAUAUUUCGAGAUAAGAGAAAUACGAGACAAAAUUAGCGCUCUCAAAAUAUAUGGUGGAUAA